AUGAAAUUGUGCUGUAAAGUUGAAGACAAAAGAAAGCAGCAACUUAAAGCUGCUAGAGCCAAGAAGUGUAUAUGUAUCACAAAAGAGUUAGAUUAUGAAAAUCUAGAUAACCAUAUUUGGUCAGAUAAGAAGAUUGAUGAGAGAGCUUCUGAUUACUUUGCUGUGUUAUUAACAGCUGCAAAAUUAAAGAAGGCUACACAAAAUACUCAAUCUAUUACUGCCUACUUUGCCCCUACCUUGAUGUAUUCUAAUGUUGCCUUUGCUUUAAUAUCCACUUGUGAAUCAUCAACGGCAUCAAUGGAAAUUGAACAAAUAGAAGUAAAGCCAAUAGAAAUGGAAUUAACAGAGAUGGAAUCAAUGAAUGUAGAAUUAGCAGAAUUGGGGUUAACAAAG